AUGUCGCACGUGCAAGUCAGUCCGCGCCAACGCAAAGGACCACAAACCGCGUCCACUGACCAGUACGACAGGAUCCGCCGGGUGAAAUGCGACGAAGGCCGCCCUGCGUGCCACAAGUGCGUCUCAACGGGCAGAAAGUGCGAUGGCUACGGGAUCUGGGGCGGUGGGAGCAACACACCCACCCACCUCACGGAUGGUCGAUUGGCCCUGAAGCGAAACCCGUUCCCCCUCUUCGUCGACGCCCCCGGCGAGGAUGAGCACUGCUGCUUCGAGUGGUUCCGCUCGCGCACCGCCAAGAAAAUCCCGGGGCCCUUUGAACCCGUCUUCUGGGAGACUGUUGUUCUGGGCGCCAGCUUUGAGGAACCUGCCGUGCUUCACGCGGUCCUGGCUCUUGGUUUGGCCCACAAGAAGGAAAGCCUCGAAGGGGACUCUCAGGAUGUCGCAACGGACUCCCCCGACGAGGAAGAACAAUUCAUCUUGCGACACUAUAGCGAGUCAAUCCGUCAGCUUGCACCGCACUUUGUCAAUCAGAGCAGAUCGUCCAUUCGCGUGGCGCUCAUCGCAUGCAUGGUCUUUGUCUGUCUGGAAUUCAUCCGUGGCAGGUAUCGUACGGGCAACGAGCAUUUGAAGAAUGGUAUGAAACUUCUGGGGCAGCUCGCAGGGCAAAGUGUCGCCAUUGACCUGAAGGCACCUCGCGACCCGGCCGACACAUGGCUGCUGGAGACGUUUGCGAAACUCAACCUGCAGUCUAAUCUGCUGGGCCAGGGCACCCGUUUUCUCCAUCAAGUCCAGCAAGGUCUCGAUAUGUAUCCUCUACCCGUGUUGUUCAAGACCAUGGGGGAUGCAAGGAAGCGUCUGGAUUGGCUGCAACAUGAGAUUGGACAAUUGGCUGGCGAGCGGGAACAUUGCUCAGAGGCCAGUCCCCAGCCUCUUCAAGUCAUGGCAUGUAGACAGCAGCUUCUUCUGACCCAGCUUAUAGCUUGGAAACACGUCUGCGAUGUGUCCAGGUCGUCGUUGCUGGCCUCCAUGGGACCAAUCGGCCGCAUCAUGUACACUAUCCUGCAGCUGUACUAUCACAUGGCAUUCAUCAUGGCUAGCACAUGUCUGGCUGACACUGAGAAUGUUUUCGAUCAGCACACAAACGAUUUUCUGGAGAUUGUCGACCAAGCAAUUGCGUUGCAUCAGUGCAUCGCGUCAGACUGUCUAGGCGACUCCCCCUUUGCGCAUAGACCAGAUGUAGCGCCUUUCACCUCGGACAAGGGCUGGAUACCGCCGUUGUACUUUACAGCAAUCAAGUGUCGCGCUCACCGGAUCAGGCUGCAUGCUGUUCGCUUGCUCAGCACUAUACCGAGCAAAGAGGGGAUUUGGGAUGCCCAAUUGGCGGCCACGAUAGGGGCUGAGGUUAUGCGCCUUGAAGAACAGGUCUUGGAUCCAACAUUGAAGAACAAGGACAACUUUGCGCCUCAUUCGGCGCCCUCUGCUGAUGAAGCCAGAAGUUGCUUUGCCCCGUGCGAGUCGAGGUUGAGGCAUGUGCAGGUCACGCUGCCCAACGGUCGCCACGACAAGACCUUCAUCAGAUGCAUCCCAGGAACGCGCUAUACGGCAAACGACGCUAUCUUGCGAGAAUACAAUCCUAUUCAGAAAGCAUGGCAAGAUGUUCCGGGGUCUGCCAAUGUCCCCAUCGGGUAG